AGGCCCUGCGCGGCUUGCCCAGCGACCGGCUGCGGUACCAGCAGCUGAUGGCGCUGGCCGGGAAGCUCGAGCCCCUUCCAGCGGAGCUAAGGUGCGCGGAGAACAAGGUCCCCGGCUGCCUGAGCACCGUCCACGUGCACGCGACCCUGCAAGGUGACGGUACCGUCAAGUUUCAGGGUGAUUCCGACGCUCUGAUAUCCAAGGGCCUGGUUGCACUACUCGUACGCGGCCUCAGCGGGUGUACUCCUGAGGAGAUUGUACGCGUGAGGCCAGAAUUCAUCCAAUCCUCUGGUAUUUCUGCCUCUUUGACGCCGGGCCGGAACAACGGUUUUUUCAACAUGUUCAAGCUCAUGACGAAGCAGGCCAUCGGCGGGCGUGAAGCAUGCACCUGCACCGGUCCAACAUAGAUUUGUACGCCGACCCUGUCCCGCUCGUGACGCCCCCACGAUCUCUCGGAAACGCGUGUGGUGCAUAGAACCCCUCGCGCC